CCUACCGCGCGCGUGCGCAGUGUCGCUUUCGUCCCCCGGAUAUGACGUCUCCGCGGUAGAGGCGUCACUUCCGCAAACAGGAUGGCGGAGGGUCGUGCUGGUUUAUUUUGAUCAAUAGGUAGGGAAUUUAACCUGUCAAAAAUGGCUGACUUAACCAAAACUGAAGAAAAGGAAGUGGAGAAGAGUUUGGAUGAAGAAGUGGAGGGAACAUCUCAUGCUUCAGAAUCAGAUUCAGGUAUUAAUUUGGAAGGCAAUAGCUCGACUUCAGGUACAACGCACUCCACCGAAAAUGAGAACAAACUUGCUAGUGGUGAUCGGGGCAGUGGCCUGAAAAGGAGUGUAGCAGAUGUUGGAGAUGAACCUCCUAAGAAAGUUCCGAGUGAGGCAGGCCAUGGGCAAGCUGUAGCUGCACAUUAUAAUGAGCUUCAAGAAGUUGGGUUGGAAAAACGCAGCCAGAGUCGCAUAUUCUACCUCCGAAACUUUAAUAACUGGACAAAGAGUGUCCUCAUUGGGGAAUUUAUAGACCGCGUACGACAGAAAAAGAGUGAUAUUACUGUUUUGGAUCUGGGAUGUGGCAAAGGUGGAGACUUACUGAAAUGGAGGAAAGGCAGAAUUAAAAAACUUGUCUGUACAGAUAUUGCUGAUAUUUCUGUGCAGCAGUGCAAGCAGCGAUACGAAGACAUGAAAGCCCGAUGUCGCUAUAAUGAACGUAUUUUUGAUGCAGAAUUUAUACAAGCAGAUAGUACCAAGGAUCUUCUGUCUCCCAAAUACAGUGAUCCAGACACACGCUUUGACAUUUGCAGCUGUCAGUUUGUUUACCAUUACUCAUUUGAGACAUAUGAGCAGGCUGACAUGAUGCUUAAAAAUGCCUGUGGGAACCUCUCUCCUGGAGGUUAUUUCAUAGGCACGACUCCAAAUAGCUUUGAGCUUGUAAAGCGACUUGAAGCUUCAGAAACAAAUUCAUUUGGGAAUGAUGUAUACAGUGUAAAAUUUGAGAAGAAGGGAGAAUAUCCUUUGUUUGGCUGCAAAUACGAUUUCCACUUAGAGGAAGUUGUUGAUGUCCCCGAGUUCUUGGUUUAUUUUCCAUUACUGGAGGAAAUGGCAAAGAAGCAUGGUAUGAAGCUAGUUUACAAAAUGACAUUUCGGGAAUUUUAUGAAGAAAAAAUCAAGAACGAGGAACAUAAGAUGCUGCUAAGAAGAAUGCAGGCCUUGGAGCCAUAUUCUGCAUUUGGUGAUUCUAGGCUUGCCUCUGAUAAACCUGAUGAUUAUGAGCAUGCAAAAGAGUUUAUCAAAGAUGGCAAGGCAAAGUUACCAUUGGGAACACUGAGUAAAUCUGAAUGGGAAGCAACAAGUAUUUACUUGGUAUUUGCCUUUGAGAAGCAGCUGUGAAACUUCACAUACCAGACUCAGCAAGAAGAGAUCAUAUCCAUGUGCAAGUUGGAGCGGUCAGAAAUCCAUUGUGGCAACUAUUUUUUUAUUUUUAUUUUUUAAUUAUCGGAAGUGUGCAGGACACUACCAAAAACGAGAGCAAGCUCACGAUUCUGAGUUACAUUGCCUGUCUGUGACAGAUGGACUUGUGUGUGUAUAUAUAAGAAAGAUUCUGAACCAGUCUUUUUAAGCAUUUGUAAGCAUUUGAACGCUCUCAAAACUUAUGUUUGAACUUAACAACUUCAUGUUAGAAAAAAAUGUUUUGUUAGUCUUAUGUUUGUGCUUACCAGCCUGAUGCUGCGCUUCCUGAAGUUGAUGGAAAAUGACUUGUUAACUGUUAACUUCAGUGAUGUAGAAUGAGGGCCUAAAUAUUGUAAUGCAAAGCUCGGUUAGUUCAUAAUGUGAUGGAUUCAGACAUGUAGGGUAUGUCUACAGUGCAUGCAGAGCUUAGUGACAAACAAUACCCAAGUCAGUUUGAGUACUACUUAUGUGCUGUGCUCCUGCCUGCAGUGUAAAUCUACCUUAGAGAUAUUCAUGGUGUAGUUUAUACGGUAAAGUUUCAUGAUGUUUUUAGUUGGUUUGUUUUGGUUUUUUUUUGCUUGCUUGCUUGGUGAUAUAUAGUGUCACUUCAUGGUGCUUCCAAGAUUAAAUUUGUUCUGUACAAAGCUGCUCUAAAAGAACUGAAUUUCUGAACUUUUAAAAAUCUUUACAUCAUUUUUCCAAAUAUGACUAUACAGUAAUGAAUAACAGCUGCUGAGCUUAAAUUACUGAACAUUUUCUAUUGUAUUAAAGACUGUACUGACUUUUU